CGUUUCUGAAAUACGAUACAAUGAUGUCCACGACGUGGAUCCUAAUUCUCGUUGGAUUUGCGGUUGGAACUGCUGAUGCAGAAUACCAAGAUCCACGAACGAGAAAUCAUAAUCAAAAAAUUGCUUUACAAUUUGACCAAUCAUCGGGAAAUAAUAUUUUGAGAAGAGUACCAAGAGAUAUUAAUACUGCUCGAAUGAUUAUUGAUAAAACUGCUAAUAAAACUCCAAAGCAGAAACCAUUAGCAGAAGUGAAUCUUCUUGCACAAGAGUUUUCUUCAUUGAGACAAGUGAAAAAAAAUAAUAUUCCUAAUGAUAAAUUUCCAGCUGUUCCUGUUAAACUUGAAACAGUAGCAGCUGAAGCAUCAGAUCGUAUUGAUUUUCUUGAAGCGGGAAGAUACAAUGGACCUUAUCAACGUGACGGUCAUCAUCAUAGCUAUCACGGUCAUAAACAUGGUCAUCAUCAUGGACAUGAGCAUAAAGAAGGUCAUCAUCAUAAACAUGGUCACGAACAUAAGCAUGAACAUCAUCAAGAUCAUAAGCAUGCUCAUCACGAAGAACACAAAAUAAAUUUUAUAUUGAAAUUAAUUUUUAUCCAUAAAAACAAGGGGCAUCAUCACAAACAUGGACACGAACAUCAUUCACAUCAUCAACAUCAUGAAGAGCAUAAGCAUCAUGGCGAGCAUCAUCAUCAUCACAAACACAGUCAUCACAAUGAACAUCACCACCAUCAUGAACAUCAUCAUGUUAACGAACAUCACCAUCAUCAUUCACACAAAGAGGUUGAAAGUCAUCAUCAUCAUCACGGCCAUAAACACAAAGAAGAUCAUCAUCACAAAGAAGGACACGAACACAAGCACGAGCACAAACACGAACACAAACAAGAACACAAAGAAGAUCAUCAUCACAAGCAUCAUCAUGGUCACCAUCACAAGCAUGGCCAUGAUCACAAACACAAAGAGGAACAUGAACACGGUCAUCAUCAUGGUCACCAUCAUAAGCAUCAUGAAGAUCACAAGCAUGGCCAUGAAGAGCAUCACGGACACAAACAUGACCAUCAUCAUAAAGGAUAUGGCGAACACGAGGAACAUGAAGAACAUGAUUUUAAUGAAGGUGGAUAUAAUUUUGAUGCAACAGAAAAUCGUGAGGCAUUUAGUUUUCCUGGUAACCCAGUUGUUCAAGCCAACGAUGAAAUUGGUCUACUCGAUAUCCAAAAACAUGGAGCCUCAGCACAAGAGAGAUUACCAAUUGUUGCUGUAUAA